UCUUCGAUGAUACAAUGAGACCAGCGGCAAACUCGGUGCUACCACAAGAGGUAUCCUGCUGGCGAGCUUCCAAGCCACACACUUGAAUCAUAUGGGUCAGGACAAGUCGCCUGGAACACCCGUGACGCACCAUGAACCGUCCAAGCUCUGCAGUUAGCGCGGCUACAGUGCCAGCACAUGAGCAAUCCAGAAAGGCGUUCACGAGGUUGGACCAGCUUGUAGUAUUUUUACUCUCGUGUUGCUACGCGCUGUGCAGCAACGCUACCGGCGAGACAUCGUGGGAUGUUCAGUGCCCUGUGGUGUGCAAGUGCAGCAUCGAGCCUUCGACGAACAUGGGCAUCAACCUGCGAACAGCCAACUGUUCAGGCCGUGGACUGAGGACGGUGCCUGUUGGCCUUCCAUCUGACACGCAGGCACUUCUGUUGAACAGCAACCAGCUGACAGACCUCCACAACCAAAUACCGACGCUGCGCAGCCUGGUCGAGCUUGAUCUCUCGCGGAACCAUAUUAAGCAGCUCGGCCGUGGCAUCAUAUUUCACAACAUCAGCAGGCUAAAGUUCUUGGAUUUGUCUCAUAAUGAAUUCAAGACCCUGUUCAAUGGCGUGUUUAGGGGCAUCGUGCACUUAGAUACGCUUCUCAUGAACAGCGUGCAAAUCAAGUUCAUCGAGGAGCGUGUUUUCGACGGCAUGCGUCUGCUGCGUGUGCUGACUGUGGACCGUAACCACCUGCCCUCCAUCUAUCCCGAAUGGUUCCAAGACAUGCUCGCCCUUGAGAGCCUGUCCUUAUCGCACAAUCACAUCUCGUACGUGUACCCACGUGUAUUCGUGCUGCUUCACCGGCUGCGCUACCUGUCCCUCGCUCACAAUCGCAUUCGAGGCCUCAGCGAUCAGGCUUUCUUAGGCUUGGACAAUCUUACCACGCUGCAUCUCGACAGCAACCAGCUUACACGGGUGCCGGCCUUGGCUCUGCAAAAGUUGCAAGGUCUGCAUACGCUUCACAUUGGGAAAAACCCACUCACGGGGUUCCGUUCGGGCAACUUUGUGGGAUUGCCAAUAGUCGAGCUGUUCGCAGACCACAUGCCCACGUUGACGGUGAUCGAGCGUGGUGCACUCCGCGAGCUGCCUCGACUACAAGUACUACGCCUGCACGACAAUGCAAGGCUGCAGUAUGUGGACGCGCAGGCGUUCGUCAAUGUUCCGUCCCUUAGCCAGCUGCUGCUUCACCGCAACAACAUCUCGGCGCUCAGUGAACAGCUCUUCCGCAACUUGUCUGCACCCGUGAAUGUUUCUCUGCAUGGCAACCCACUUCUCUGCGACUGCAACGUGCGCUGGGUGGUCGAGGCCAUGUCAGCCCUAUCAAACACGUCCGUUCGUUUUAUGCAACUCGAGGAACUGGCCUGCCACAAGCCACCAUCAAUGGUUGGCCGUGGCCUCCUCAACAUAUCUCUGGAUGAAGUGCCACCCGAGUGCCCACCAUUUCUCGUCGGCACCGUCAACAGCACAGUGCAGCGGAAGAUUGGUGACGCGCAAGUAUUUCAGUGCUACGCCCUCGGCCUUCCAGAGCCCAUAGUGCGCUGGCUUCUCCCCAAUGGUCGCGUCUGCAAUGACACCGGAAAUGACGUGCACGUCCAAUUCAAACCUCCGGGAAGUAUUACCAUCUAUCACCUGAGACCGGUAGAUGUGGGAGCAUAUACGUGCGUCGCUGAAAAUAGGCUUGGCCGCGUGAUCAAGGUGGUCGACCUGGUAGUCGAAAACAUCGACAUCCACAUCUUCCCGCAAGGAAUCCUCUCAACGUCGGUGACCGUAGUGUGGAACGGCACCGCACGCAACACAUUUCCCCAGUACGAGAUCCAGUACAAACCUGACGACGGCAAAGACUCAUUGGCAGGCGCGAGCCCUAAGUCCGUGAGUGGCGCUGAAGAAGGACGUUUCGAGUCAGUGACCGUGAGUCGUUUCUACAGGUCGUACACGAUCAACAAUCUCCAGCCAGAGACCAGCUACGUGUUUUGCAUCGCAGUAAAAGACGACGAAGGUGAUGCGCACAUCCAGAUAUCGUGCACCCGCGCCCGAACCAGGGACGCAAGCUUCAUGCUCCAGGGCAUCCACUACACGAGCAACGUGGCUGUGGCUGUUGUGUUAGGCAUCGUGUCUACCGCGAUUCUCGUGCUCUGCGCGGCCACCCUGGUGGCGCGCCGCUACAAGCACAGGCAGUACGAGACGCCGCAAAAGUCGCUCGUCAGCAAUACCGCGUCGCAGGUUGUGCCGCUAGAGAGUUUGUACAGUCCGCUUAUGGCGAACGUGGGCUCAUGAGGACCCGCUCUGCGCGUCGUUUUGCGCAAGCAAGGCGCACACGAAUCGCCUGGCGAACGCUCGACGCGCCCGUUCCUGUGCAAGAAGAGGCAGGUGAACAGUCGAAAUGAAUUUGUGUAGCGCGCUACAGCAAUGCUGCCAUUCGGCCACGCAAUCGAGGCGGAGCCAGACAUUGAAGGCCUAGCUGAAGUAUUAACGUGGUUGAAACGGAAAAUAAGCGAGCAAUGCGCUGCUCAAUCAGGAAGCCACCUGAUAACGCGACUGCCAGUUAGGUAUUUACAGCGUUUUACGUCAGCGUGAUAACGUAGGAUGCAUGGAACUGCCAAGUUUAAGAAGCGCCGAGUGAAUAUCACGCCGGCUCCUGCGAGCAGCCCGCAUAGAUCUCGACCAGAAAGAACUUUAGAAAUGUUCUUGUAUGUUUACUCUUUCUGUAUCAUAUAAUUAUCUCUCAGAAUAUUAUGUUCUUCCUCAAAUUAGGUCUACUGCCACUACGUCAAAAUCUCACUUUCUACAAAUUUUUACGAACGGUAAUGCUCAAUGCGUCCGCGAAAAGUAGGAACGUUUUUACUGUUGGAAACUCACGAGCCGAUUUUAUUCUGUUGUUUUCAAAGCGUAAAUAUCCAAGGGCGAUCUCGCAAAAACACAAGUAUGUACUCGCAGCCCUUUUUCGAACGUAGGGAACACUCUACACGAGUAAAUUGAAUCGUGGAACCGCGAGAGAAUGCAGUUCGACUAGACUACAAGUCCCCGUGAAGCGGGGAGAAGACAAAGAGCGACAACAAAGACUCAACGACAUCAUCUAAAAGCAAAGUAUCGCCUCUCCUACACGCAAGUUAACCGUAGCGCCUCUAUAUUCGCUGUUCCUUUUUCUUUUCUUUUUUUUUGCGUGUAGGCGAAGCCUCAAUCAUUGUCAUUGUUGGGAACGCGUGGAUGGGGAGGAGGGCAAGAUUUGAGAGGUCGCCCACGUGUCCCAGCUUCACUGGUUAGCUGGCUCACCACGAGUGCAAACUAAUCGACACAAUUACGGCACCGCGCAGUUCCGCAGCAUCCCUUCCGAGCGUGCGCGCGCCUUCGUACUGCCGGUGCUUGUACUACGCUUCUCUGUAGCCUGCAAUAUACAGUUAACAGUUGUUUCCUUUUUCGAAAGAAAUAUAUACGUACUGUUCUUGAGCACAUACACAUACACACAUAUUACACCUACCAGCACUUCUUUUUUUUUCUUCUUCAUUUUUCUUUCUUUUGCACUGACCGAUAAGUUGUAACUUGUGCCAGAGAAAUAGCUCGCAGCCAGAUGUUCAAAUCUAUGCAGGAAAAUGGCAUGAAAUAUAUGUUUAUGGUUUACAGCAGUCGUUCCGAAAGCCGCUAUUUCGUUUCCCCGGCCUAAAACCUUUGCUCAUGGGGUAUUGUGCACGAGCUUAUUUGACACAUUAUCACAGUGAAUGUUAAUCCACACCAUUGCGCAUGUUAUUUACGUACUGCUAAGUUCACUUCAUUCUGGAAUAUUUUGAGUACCAGGUGUAACAUUCACGAGCUGUAAUUUGUUGUGAACCCUGCACUAUUGACUCAAGAACUUGUUUUUAAGUGUGCUAUGCGUGUUAUCCAAGAAUGUGCUUUCGGAAGCAAUCCUAAUAAUCCUUCAAGUAAAACAGAUUGCUAAUCAAAAUAAAUGAUAUGUUACGAUAUGACACUAAUUUAUUCUACUUGAUUCAUUGCGCAAAUAUUUUUCUGGUUGUGGUAAUGUGGUUCAAGUACAGAAGUGCACACAUAUAUGAACAUUAGACAAUACAUCUACGGAACUUAAGAUCUAGUCACACUACUCACCAAAAGACAAGCUGCCCAUCUAUACUUCAAUAAAGAUGUUUAUGAAAUAACUGCUUCAGUAAUAAAGUUUUGAUGGUUAUUGAAA